AUGAGUGUUUUCUCUGAAUUGGCAGAGUGUUUGGAGUGUGACUUACUGAAAGAGUCGAAACCGACAAUUUCUGAAUCACAAAAAGAGUUAUCGAGGAGAGUCGCCACUCCACAAUCGUCAGCUCCACGAGGUGAAGGGCACAACAGCAGCAGUAGCCAUGAUAAGCUCGUCACCAGUCAAAUUUUUGAUUUAACAGCCAUUGAUCCUAAGAUCAGUCAACUGAAACCAUGGAAAACUGAUGCGAAGUACUUUAAUAAAUGCAUGAUCGGCUCCUUGGCGUUGAUGAAGAUGACAACGCAUGCUCAAAGUGGAGGUUCAAUUGAAAUUAUGGGUAUGUUGGUUGGCAAAAUUGUCAAUCGAACCAUUGUUGUGAUGGACACUUAUCGAUUACCAGUUGAAGGAACCGAAACUCGUGUGAAUGCCCAAGGUGAAGCUUAUGAGUAUAUGGUGCAAUACUUAGAAUUGAAUCAAAAGAUUAGCAGUGAUAAUAAACGAAGACAAGAAAACAUUGUGGGGUGGUAUCAUUCGCAUCCUGGUUAUGGAUGUUGGUUGAGUGGGAUUGAUGUGAGUACACAGGAGUUGAAUCAAAAUUUCCAGGAUCCGUAUUUGGCCAUUGUUGUUGAUCCUGUAAAAACUUUGAAACUGGGGAAAGUUGAUAUUGGAGCAUUUAGAACGUUACCUGCUGGGGUUACUGAGGGAGGAGGAGGAGGAGGUAAUGGUGGUACCAAUGAUGGUGCAACGAAGAGGGCCGCUUUACUGAAUUUGCCGAAAUCGAAACGACAAGAGUUUGGCAGUCAUUCCGGUCGAUAUUACUCCUUAGAUGUGGAAAUCUUUGAGAAUGAAUAUGAUGGGGAGAUGUUGAGGUUGAUGAGGAAGAAGCAGGAUUCGCUUGAUUAUGAAGGAUGGAUGAAGAAGUUGUCGGUUGACAAGACGGAUUCAGUCAAGGCAGUUUAUGAAGAUGCUGGUCUUUCAUCAUUGCUGUAUUUGGAUAACUUUGAAUUUGUGGAGGAUAAAGAAACUAGUCAAUUGAGAGAGAUUAUCAAGAAAUUGGAGAGUUUGAAAUUUGCACCGGGAGAGAAUUCAACAAGUUUACUAUUGAAGAAGAUUAUUGGUGCAAGCAACUCCGAGGUUGCAGCUCCUCGAUCAAGAGGUGUUUCGAGAAGAAGACAAGUAGAAUUUGAGGAAGAAGAUGUGUUUGAUGAAAGUGAUUUGGAAAGAGUUGAUACAGGAGAAGAUAAAUUAGAAGGAGAAACCGAGGAGGGCGAAGAUUGGGAUGACGAUGAGGAUGACGAAUCAGGUAAUGAGCAUGACAUUGGCGAGCAAGGUGUGAGUGAAGCAAUACAAGAGAAGGAGAAAAGAGCAAAAGCGAAAACUACCGCCACCAAGAAGAUUUGCGAUGACGCCAGUUUGGAGCAAUCUUCUUCCUCCUCAACACCACCAUCAUCAUCUGCUGUUGCUGUAAAUACACUGCCUUCUCGAAUCAAAAGAUCCAUACGCAAGCAACUUCGUUCAAGAAAGGAUGAUUUGAGUGAUUUGUUGUACGACCCAGCUUUGGCUGAAGGAUCUCCUCACAAGCUGAAACGUAAACAAAGGUCACUUGUUCGACAUCCUCACUCUGAUGACUAUCUUCGACAAAUUGAGUUUUUAGAAUUGCAAAGAAGACAACAGCGAUGGGCAUGCGAGAGGGCACCAGGAGGAGGGGGAGGCGUUGUUGGUGUCGUUGGUGUAGGUGGUGUUAGUGCUGUAGGUGGUGGCGGUUAUGGAGGUCCUGAAUAUGCCAGAUAUUCUAUGUCGACAUCAAUGACCAUGAACAUGCGAGAAAAGAAUAAAUUGGUUAUUGAAGCAUCGAGGGCAGUGGCGGCCAAGAAUAUUUGUGAUUUGAUAACUAUGGAAGCUGAAGAGAAGAUUAAGAAUGGGGGUCGCUCUAAUGAGUAA